AUGAAUAAUAGUUUUGACGAAGAUCAAACAACCAUUCCUAAAAAUAAUAAAACUAAAAAAAAGAUAACUUCAGGUUGGAUAGAAAAGUCAAUAAUAAACUCAACAUUACCAAUUAAACCAUGUGGGCAAAUUAUAUCUUGUGCAGAAGCUCAAACAAUGCACAUCCAACAUAACAAUAACAAUAACAAUAACAAUAACAAUAACAAUAACAAUAAUAAUAACCACAAUAAUACAAAUAUCAAUAAAAGUUUUUAUUUAUCAGAUACAAUAUGCUAUAUACAGAUAUAUCUUAGUGAUACCUCUAUAAAUAAUGCAUUAAAAGAUAGAUCAUUUAAUAAUAUAUCAGCUUUAUUUGGAUGUAUUGUCGAAUUAGAGGAUUAUCGCUUUUCAAUGGAGGAUGAAAAUAAAAUUAAAUUAAUUAUAACGAAAUUUAAUAUCUCUCAUAGAUCUAAAAUACCAAAACAAUUACCUUUUUCAAUAUAUAAACACCCAAGAAUCAUACCAUUAUUAAAAACCAAAAGUGAUAUAAUUAAAAAGAAUAAUGAAGCCAUAAAUGAAUUAGAUAAAUUGGUAUCAUUUUCAGAAGCAAUUAUUUCUAGUGAACAACUUAAAGUUUUAAACUCUCUUGAGCUGUGGAAUUUACCAACAUUAACUCAAAAUGUUACAGAUAGUCAUCAUCAACAACAGUAUUUAAAUUUUUCAUCAUCCAUAAACGAUUUAGAUUUAUUAGGAUCAACUAGUGACGAAGAGGAAACAAAACAGCAAGAAAAGACUCCAUUAAAAACACAACAUAAAACACCAUUUUCAACCUCAUCAUCAUCCUCAUCAUCAUCAUCAUCAAAAAUAAUAAAUACGCAGUUUCCAAAAUCAUCUCAAAAAACGCAGCAUUUCCCAUCAUUUCAAAUACCGCAUCACACACAAAUAAAUGUAAAUAAUAACAGUAACAGUGAUAUUGAAAUCGAAGAUGAUAGUGGUAGUGUAGAAGAGUUUGUUAGUACUCAGAAACACUUUAUACCAAAUAAUAGUAAAAAUAAAAAUAAUAGUAAUAAUAAUGACUGUGGUAAUAAUAAUAACAAUAAUAAUAAUAUUAAUACUAGUAUAAAUAAAAAAAAAGUAGAGUUUGAGGAUUUGGAUGAAAUAUUUGGUUCACAAAAAAUAAUGAGUACAAAUAUAAAUAAUGAUAAUAGUAACAGCAGCAGUAGCAGUGAAAGUAGUGCCAAUAUUAACAAUACAAAUAAAGCUAAUUCAACAUUAACAAAAAGAAAGAAAUAUGAUGAUGAUGAAUUAGAUGAAAAUGAUUUUUUAGAUUCAACACCAAUCAAACCAUCUCAAAAUAAUUCAUUGACAAAAUCUUCAAAUAACUCGAGCUUGUUAGACUUCAGUUUCGAUUUUAUGGAUACCAUCAACAAUGCAAAUUUUAAUAACAAUAAUAUAGACAACAGCACAAAUAAUGGCAAUAUAAAUAAUAUUAAAAAUAGUAUAAUAUCUAAUAACAAAUCUAUUGGAUCAAUAAAUAAUAUAAAACCACCAACCAAACCAUCUUAUAAAGGAAUAGCUCAGAAAAUUCAAAAUAUGAUGGGUUCUAAUAAUAGUGUAAUUAAAAGUCAUAAUGUAGAAAAUAAAACCAAUAACAAUAACAUUAAUAAAAAUAAUAUAAAUAAUAAUACCAACAUUAAUAUUAAUAAUAAUAAUAACAAUAACUAUUUUAAUGAUAUAAUAACAUUUGGAUAUAAUAUACAAUCACCUAAUGUUAAUAUUAUAAAGCAAAUACCCAUACUAUUGGCCAAUCUGUCAUGUUCACAAACUAUAGAUGAAGAUGGUUUCGAAAUUACAAUACGAAGGAAGGCUAAAAAAGAUAAUAGCAAACAAUAA